GGUGGGGGAGGAGGGUCGUAACGCAUCAUGUCGAAAGUGAUUCAGAAGAAGAACCACUGGACGAGCCGGGUUCACGAGUGCACCGUGAGGCGCGGACCCCAGGGCGAGCUGGGGGUGACGGUGCUGGGGGGCGCCGAGAACGGGGAGUUUCCGUACGUGGGAGCGGCGGCGGCGGGGCUGCCCGGCGGCGGCGAGGGCCCGAGGCUGGGCGAAGGCGAGCUGCUUUUGGAGGUGCAGGGGGUCCGGGUGUCCGGCUUGCCCCGCUAUGACGUGCUCGGAGUUCUGGACAGCUGCAAGGAGGCCGUCACGUUCAAGGCCGUCAGACCAGGAGGAAGGCUGAACAAGGACCUGCGACAUUUUCUCAGUCAGCGGUUCCAGAAAGGGUCUCCUGACCAUGAACUCCAGCAGACCAUAAGGGAUAACCUUUACCGCCAUGCUGUGCCUUGCACGACCCGGUCUCCGAGAGAGGGAGAGGUACCCGGUGUGGACUAUAACUUUCUGACUGUGAAGGAGUUCUUGGAGCUUGAGCAGAGCGGGACGCUGCUGGAAGUUGGCACCUAUGAAGGAAACUAUUAUGGGACACCCAAACCUCCCAGCCAGCCAGUCAGUGGGAAAGUGAUCACGACGGAUGCCUUGCAAAGCCUUCAGUCUGGCUCCAAGCAGUCCACCCCGAAGCGCACCAAGUCCUACAAUGAUAUGCAAAAUGCUGGCAUAGUCCAUGCGGAAAAUGAGGAGGAGGAUGACGUUCCUGAAAUGAACAGCAGCUUCACAGCCGAUUCUGGUGACCAAGACGAGCACACUCUCCAAGAAACAGCAUUACCACCUGUGAAUAGUAGCAUCAUCUCUGCUCCCAUCACGGACCCUUCUCAGAAGUUCCCUCAAUACCUACCUCUUUCUGCAGAGGAUAAUUUAGGUCCUCUACCUGAAAACUGGGAGAUGGCCUAUACCGAAAAUGGAGAAGUCUAUUUUAUAGACCAUAAUACAAAAACAACAUCUUGGUUAGACCCUCGGUGCCUGAAUAAGCAGCAGAAGCCCCUGGAAGAGUGUGAAGAUGAUGAAGAAGGGGUACACACCGAGGAGCUGGACAGUGAACUAGAACUGCCUGCUGGUUGGGAAAAGAUCGAAGACCCUGUCUAUGGUAUCUACUAUGUAGACCACAUCAACAGGAAGACACAAUAUGAGAAUCCAGUUCUAGAAGCCAAACGGAAGAAGCAGCUUGAACAGCAGCAGCAGCAACAGCAGCAGCAGCAGCAGCAGCAACAGCAGCCGCCGGCAGAAGAGUGGACGGAAGAUCAUUCAUCCCUUGUGCCUCCUGUGAUUCCAAGCCACCCCCCGAGCAAUCCGGAGCCAGCCAGAGAAGCUCCACUUCAGGGCAAACCCUUUUUUACACGAAACCCUUCUGAACUGAAAGGGAAGUUCAUUCACACAAAGCUGCGGAAAAGCAGCCGAGGCUUCGGCUUCACCGUGGUCGGCGGGGAUGAACCUGACGAGUUUUUGCAGAUCAAGAGCUUGGUCCUCGAUGGUCCUGCUGCUUUGGAUGGCAAGAUGGAAACAGGGGAUGUCAUUGUCAGCGUGAACGACACUUGUGUUUUGGGGCACACGCAUGCUCAAGUUGUGAAAAUCUUCCAGUCCAUUCCCAUUGGUGCCAGCGUGGACCUUGAACUGUGCCGAGGUUAUCCCUUGCCUUUUGACCCAGAUGACCCCAAUACAAGUUUAGUGACUUCGGUGGCCAUUUUGGAUAAAGAACCAAUUAUUGUGAAUGGGCAAGAGACCUACGAUUCGCCAGCUAGUCACAGUAGUAAAACAGGCAAAGUCAAUGGCAUGAAGGAUGCCCGGCCGAGCAGCCCUGCUGAUGUGACUUCGAACAGUUCCCAAGGUUAUCCCAAUGACACUGUCUCUUUGGCCUCCUCCAUUGCCACUCAGCCGGAACUCAUCACCGUUCACAUAGUGAAAGGGCCGAUGGGCUUCGGUUUCACCAUAGCUGACAGUCCUGGUGGUGGCGGCCAGAGAGUGAAGCAGAUCGUCGACAGCCCGAGGUGCCGCGGUCUGAAGGAAGGGGAUCUCAUUGUGGAAGUUAACAAGAAGAACGUGCAGGCCCUCACUCAUAACCAGGUGGUGGACAUGCUGAUCGAAUGUCCGAAGGGAAGUGAGGUCACGCUGUUGGUGCAGCGAGGAGGGCUGCCAGUCCCCAAGAAGAGCCCAAAGUCGCAACCACUGGAAAGGAAAGACAGCCAGAGUAGCUCGCAGCACAGUGUUGCGAGCCAUCGAAGCCUGCACACGGCGUCCCCAAGCCACAGCACUCAGGUGCUCCCCGAGUACCCACCUGCGGAAGCCUCAGCUCCAGACCAGACUGACAGCUCUGGGCAGAGAAAACCAGAUCCUUUUAAAAUCUGGGCCCAGUCCAGGAGCAUGUAUGAAAACCGACCUAUGUCACCUUCGCCUGCGUCGGGAUUGAGCAAGGGUGAAAGAGAGAGAGAAAUCAAUUCCACGAAUUUUGGAGAAUGUCAGAUUCCAGAUUACCAGGAACAGGACAUCUUCCUCUGGAGAAAAGAAACUGGAUUUGGAUUUCGGAUUCUGGGUGGAAAUGAACCAGGGGAACCUAUUUAUAUCGGGCACAUCGUACCACUGGGGGCUGCUGAUACUGACGGCCGCCUGAGGUCUGGAGAUGAAUUAAUCUGUGUGGAUGGAACACCGGUCAUUGGGAAAUCACACCAGCUCGUGGUCCAGCUCAUGCAACAAGCUGCCAAGCAGGGCCACGUCAAUCUCACGGUGCGGCGUAAGGUGGUGUUUGCUGUCCCCAAAACAGAAAAUGAGGUGCCCUCGCCAGCCUCAUCUCAUCACAGUAGCAACCAGCCCGCCUCGCUGACGGAGGAGAAGCGCACCCCGCAGGGCAGCCAGAACUCGCUCAACACGGUGAGCUCAGGCAGCGGCAGCACCAGCGGCAUCGGCAGCGGCGGGGGCGGGGGCAGCGGCGUGGUGAGCACCGUGGUGCAGCCCUACGACGUGGAGAUCAGGCGCGGCGAGAACGAGGGCUUCGGCUUCGUUAUCGUGUCCUCGGUGAGCAGGCCCGAAGCAGGCACGACCUUCGCAGGCAAUGCAUGUGUGGCUAUGCCUCACAAAAUAGGUCGGAUUAUUGAGGGGAGCCCCGCUGACCGCUGUGGCAAGCUGAAAGUAGGAGACCGGAUCUUGGCAGUAAAUGGAUGUUCCAUCACCAACAAAUCCCAUUCAGACAUUGUCAACCUAAUCAAGGAAGCGGGAAACACGGUUACCCUUCGCAUCAUUCCUGGGGAUGAGUCAUCAAAUGCCACCUUGCUGACCAACGCGGAGAAGAUCGCCACCAUCACCACCACGCACACCCCUUCCCAGCAAGGGGCCCAGGAGACAAGCAGGAAUACCACCAAACCAAAGCAGGAAUCUCAGUUUGAGUUCAAAGCACCCCAGGCAACACAGGAGCAAGACUUUUACACUGUGGAACUGGAAAGAGGAGCCAAAGGGUUUGGCUUUAGUCUUCGAGGGGGCCGGGAGUAUAACAUGGACCUGUAUGUUCUGCGCUUAGCAGAGGACGGUCCUGCCGAAAGGUGUGGCAAGAUGAGGAUCGGUGAUGAAAUUUUAGAGAUCAAUGGCGAGACCACCAAAAACAUGAAGCAUUCUCGGGCGAUAGAACUGAUUAAGAAUGGUGGCCGCAGAGUUCGCCUGUUUCUGAAGCGGGGAGACGGCUCGGUACCAGAAUAUGACCCCGGCGGCGACCGGAACGGCGCCCCCUCCGGUGCACAAGGGGUUCCGCAAGUGAGGGCCGCGCCGCCCGACCGCCGGCCGCAUCCGUCAUUGGAGUCCAGUUACCCACCCGAUCUUCACAAAUCAUCACCCCAUGGGGAAAGGCGGGCCCACGCGAGAGACGCAAAAGGCAGCAGAGAGUAUGGCAGCAGACAGCCCAGCGAGCACCACACCUGGAACGGAACUUCUAGAAAACCCGACGGCGGGGCUUGCCGACCCAAGGACCGGGCCGCCGCCGCCGACGGCCGGAGAGACGCGCAGCCAGAGCGCUCGGCGGCCAACGGCCCCAAGAGGAGACCCCCGGAGAAGCGCAGGGAAGGCACCCGCAGCGCCGACAACACCCUGGAGAGGCGCGAGAAGCGACGAGACGGGUCUCCGGAGCGCCGGCGGGAGCGCUCCCCGGGCCGCGGCAGGGACAGCUCCCCCGGCCGUCGGAGGAGGUCUCUGGAGAGGCUCUUGGACCAGAGGCGGUCUCCGGAGCGCAGGAGGGCGGGCUCGCCCGAGAGGAGAGCCAAGUCCACCGACCGCCGGCGGGCGCGCUCCCCCGAGCGCAGGCGCGAGCGGUCGCUGGACCGGAGGAGCAGGGAGGACAGAGUCGGCCCCCGGGAGAGGGAGGAGGCGAGCGGGAAGAGUUCCAGACAGGCCCCGGAGCAGAGGAGGCGACCCUACAAAGAAUGUAGCACCGACCUCAGUAUCUGAGGCUCUGGAUCCCGUUCCAACCUUUACCGUGUCAAAGGUUCUACGAGGCAGGUCACGAACCUGAAAUCCUUCAGUGUCUUACCUAAGGGAAGCAUCCGGCCCCUGUGGAUCCUGUGAAGAGCGAUGGACAUUUUAUGCGUUUGAAAUCUUUUAAGAAAAAAAAAUAUAUAUGAAAAGUGUUGUGCCUGAUGUAUAAAAUUAAAGAAAAUAUUUUUAAAUGCAUACCUUUUUUUUUCUUUUGGAAAUUAUUUGCCAAAUUCUAGCCCAAAGGGAUAUAGGUUUUUGUUUCUACGUGUACUGUAGAACGAUCAAGAAUUAUUCCCUUUUGGGAGGGUUGCCUUUUUUCUCUCCUGGUUAAAUGGGGCUGUUGGUCGUUUUCUCUAAGGGAAAUUAUUAAGUGUCAUUAAUUUGAUAUCGACUGUUAUGUAGUGAUGUAGUACUAUACUAUAGUCGGGAGUUUUUCUUCAGAGCGGAGAACAAAAAGGCAAAGUUUUAUUUGUGAAAGCUGAGGACCCUUGGGGAUGAAUUAGGAUUGCCAAUGAUCCUAAAAUAAAGCGAACAGUAUGAGGAGACUACUAUGGCAAAUGAAGGAUAUUUAUAGCUACCAGACACAGCUCAAGGGAAUUUCAUGUUCUUGAAUUCUGGUUGGUUCAAAAAAACAGUGGUUACCCUUCCUGGUCCAAGAAAGCACAGAGAAGCAAAGGUUGGCCGCCAUUACCCAAAUGCAGCCCAAGCAUGGGUCAGGUUCAUUGGCAUCUCCAACAUCUAGUAAGGUCAUGGCUUUGCUCACCUUCUAGAAAGGACACAUCGACACCUUCUGUGUUGCCAGAUUUGAGGCUGUGUUUGUCAGAUGGAGUGGGGGACAACAUGCCCCCAUAUGAGGGAGAAGCCCAUGGCUGCCUUGCCCAAAACUGGGGAGGAGGGAAUGAGCCUUGGUGGAAGGGACCUCUCUGUUGAUACUUAAAGAAGUGAGGGUUUGGGGGUGCAUUCUCAGAAAUGCCCAUUGCACGUGGAAACCGCAGUCCAAGCCUCUAGGUCGAUGGCAGGGGGAGGAAGAAGGUGAUCCCAGUGUUCUAGAUCAGUCUGGGGAACGGCUGCCUUCAGGACCCUGUCCUUUGAGUCUUUGGACAGCAGAACAAAACAUAACAUUCCUUCUUUCAGAAAAGUUCCAUUCUUUUUUUCAAUCCCAUGGGAGGUAGGGUUGGGUCGGCGGUAGCACCAGGAUGUGGUUUGAGUGGAUUACUGCCUAGCUGAGCCAAAACGUUUGCUUGUACCUGUUGGACCACUACAGCAAACCGCUGCUUACAGUGCGUUGUGUAUUUCUGUAGUACUGUUCUGCAUUUUCCGUACAGACACAAAACUUUGCAAGUCAAUCACUGUUGUUCCCAUGGUACUGUAAAAAAAAUAGACAUAAAAAGAGAAAACCAGCCAAUCAUAGUGUGUACAGACUUUAAAAUUGUAUUUAAUAGAGCCUGUUGAAAAAAAAAAAAAAAACAACUGUUGCCUUCUUUUUCUUGUACAAAAGAGAAUUUAUGACAAAAAUUUAGCUGUGAGGAAUGUGAUAUGUGUUUAUAUUUCUGAAUAUGGAACAAAUUGAUUCAUGGGGUAUAUUUUAAUGUAAACUAAAUCAGGUAUGUAAAGUUGUUUUAAACCUGGAGACUAUAUAAGUACUUCUCUAAAGCUUUAGUUGGUUUGAAUAUCAUCACUUUCUCCAUGGUGAGCCUGCUUGUGAAUUAUUAAGCACUUGUUUGCAUUCUCUGUUCACUCAUUUAUUUCUUGCAGUGUGCUAUGGAUUUAAUGCUCUUUCUGUAUUGAUGAAAAGCAGUAUGGGGGCCAAUCUUUUUAUAAAACACUAUGCAUAUAUAAAUACUACAUUGUUCAUAGCUUUAUUUGACUUAUGGGUUUAUACACAACAUUAGAAUGAGUAGCUAUAGCUGUGUGGACAUGCAAAAAAAAAAAAAACCAGGUUCCUGGAACAGACGAAAUGUGCAUUCUGUAGCUAACAAUGGAAAGUCUAUGAAGGCUAUUUUUAUUAUCAGAGUUUUCUGUACAAAGCAUAUAUUGACUGCAGUGAUAAGGGUAAGGAAGAGUACAACUGAAUGAUGAUGUUCUUUUUCAUCAAUUUCCUCAGAGCCAGCUUUGGAGAUUUUAUCCCGAAGGCUCCACUGCUAGGAUUUUUUUACUGGUUCUCGCAAAAUCUGUGAUGUUAAAUGACUGAUGCUCUCAAUUGUGGUCCAGAGUUUUAACUAAAUGAAAUCAAGGUGAAUUUUUGGAGUCCAUCCUGAAGUUAACAUCAUGAUGUCUUUCUUCUUGUAAGAGAUGAUAUUUGACAUCUUCAAAAUCUAUGUCCUACCCACCUGGGCUUGUCUGAGUCCGUGGGCAUUUGAUGUGAUGAUUUCACCUGAAUUCCACAUACCAGAUUUGCUUUGGAAAUACUGUACUGUACAGGGACUUUGCAUUCAGCAGAAAGAUAUGAGUUUCUUUGAACUACUGUAACCUUGAAUUGAAAACCGAUUCUUGUGAGCCUACUUUCCCUAAUCCCCCACUUCAUGUCAAUGUCUUGAUGCAAGAUGAUGGAUGAAUAUUUUGUAUGAUUCAGUCAAACCAUUUAGGAGUUCCUCUCCUUCCAUUACACAGUGGAUGCCUGAAAGAAUGUUGGGGGGGGAGGACUCACCACUCUACUUGUAUUUUUUAAGUUUCUUUUGUGAAAGAUUUUUUAAUGCAUUUUUACUGUAAAAAAUACAUGGAAAUGUAUGCAUUCCAU